AUGAACCCAGACCAUGAUCCGAGAGAACGCAAGGGGGACUACGACAACAGAAGGAGAGGUCCGAGAAGAGACAACAGGCGAAGGGAUGAUGCUCCCAAGCCUUUCGACGUUAACAUGUACGACGAUGCAGAAGACGAAUCGCCAGCACUGAGCUAUGAUGAUGAAGACGACCGCAGAAAUACCCGACGCAGAGAUGACCGUCCAAGAAGGCCGCGCGGAGGCGAUUUGCUUGCCGGAAAGGAGACAGGCAGACUACGCGACCGUAGCGCCUCUCCUGUCAGAGAUGGAGAUGGAAGAUAUGGCUUCAACCAGGAGCAGCCCGAACGCAGGACUGCACGUCGCAGAACUAUCUCGCCCGCUCCUCGCAAANGAGACCUCAUUCCCGCAGCCCGUGCCAGCAACGGUCCGGUAGAACUAUUGCCANGCAAAAGCACCUCCAAGACCUUUGGCCUCGAUACCCCUCUUACCUCGACAAGUCCUCCCAAACGCAACAGAGAACUCUUCCCCAACAAAUCUGCUCGUAGCAAUCACCGCCGAUCAGAUGCCCUUGACGCUGACGAGACUGCUGGCAUCAGACGUACGUUGUGUUUAGCCAAUCGAAACCAUGGAUCUGAGCUAACCCAGUAUACAGGCAGCCUGGCUGAUCGCAUAACCGGAGGUCCAGAGACAGGCGGCUUUAGCAUCAGAGGCAGCGCUCAAGCGGAUGUACCGGGCUUCUCAAUCCGUGGCGCUUCUCGAGAAGUCAAUCCUAAGGUCAAGGAGUUGUUCCCAUCGAAGUUCAGUAACGGAGGAGAGCCAAACGACCUGUUCGCCGACAAAAUGAGAGACCGCAAUACUCAACGCAGACGUGCCGAGGACAUGAUGUAG